AUUACUGCAGUGAGAGGUACGGAGCACGUCCUUUCGAAUAGCCGAGAUCAUUUCUUGUGUGUAUACCACUAAACGCGCUUCAACGCUAGGGAAGGCACUAGAUAUUGCUUUCUUAAUUUGCGUCUCAAACUUUUUGGGAAGCUUUCCCUCACAACGGCAGUUUGAGGAAGAUCGGGCAUUUCUUGGGUCCAAAGACCGGUGUCUUUGUAGGCUUGUACAGUGUAUGUGUGUGACUGACAUGGUAAUUGAUCACGCGGUCAGGAUAACCAUUUUCGCGCAAGAUAUACUUGACUCUUGUGAUCUCUCCGGCAAGUUUGCACGGAGAGCAAAUUCUCUGCGCCCUGUCUACAAGAAUGCCAAUCAGACCGGUUUUGUAAAGGAGUCCCAGCGUGUGUACUGACCUUUGAACAGACAACAUAAGAAAAGACUUCAUUCAAAACGUUUUCUUCCUGAGGAGACCGAAAAAAAUCAACAACAAUGUUUCGUUCCUUGAUGUUCAUCACCUUAUUGGUCUUCGUUUCCACUGCAGUUGCCGCUCCUGCUGCUGCUAGCAAUCCAGGGACUUGUCCCGCAAGUAGUGGUGGCUUCGGUACAUGCUCCGAAGAUUGCUCCAGUGAUGCGGACUGUGCCUCCACUACUCAAAAGUGUUGCUCGAACGGAUGUGGUCACCAGUGUAUGAAUGCAAUUCAAGCUUCUAAUCCAGGGACUUGUCCCGCUUCAAGUGGUGGCUUUGGUACAUGCUCUGAAGAUUGCUCCAGUGAUGCGGACUGUGCCUCCACUACUCAAAAGUGUUGCUCGAACGGAUGUGGUCACCAGUGUAUGACUGCAAUUCAAGUUCACGAUGUAUUCUGUCCCGCGGAGGUUUCAAACUCCACCGUUAAUUGUAGCAGCGAUGGUGAUUGUGCGACCAACCAGAAGUGUUGCGACAAUGGAACUAAUAAUGUGUGCGCAAACUCCACAGAUGAGAAGCCGGGAAGUUGCCCAGCAAAUGAGGAAGGUGGUGUUGGGAUCUGUAUCCAUGAUUGUGAUGGCGAUGCAGGGUGUGAUGGUAAUAAGAAAUGCUGUUCCAAUGGAUGCGGGGAUGUGUGCAGGGCGCCAGUAAAACCGGGCAGUUGUCCUCAAUUUGGUGACUUCGGGAUAUGUGUCCAAGACUGUGAGGAGGAUUUCGAUUGCCCGGAUGCCAAGAGAUGUUGUGGCACCGGAUGCGGUAAAGUGUGCGCCAACCCAGAAUAAAGUUCAAGUUCAUGACCUAGAUUUGUCGAGCACCAAAGAAUCCCUUACUUGGACUGUCUGACCUGAAACCUCUCUCCUUUCAUCCUUUAAUGGAAGACCAACCAACUUUCACGAAUCAUUGUUUUAUUUUCUGUUAUUAAACUGGAGUUAUCGACUCAUUUUCUUGCAACUUAAAUGUGAAUUAGAUUUACCGCCCUUUCAAACGGUUAAAAAAUCGUGAUUUGAAUGAUGAUUCCAGUGAAAAAUAAAGCUAAUGACGAAUUUUAGCACGUGUGAAACGAAACUAGAACAUGAUUAGAAUCACGAACGCCUGCAAUCAUCAUUACAAUGAUGAUUCAAGAUUCACGUGUGAAAAGGCCCUAAGUUUUGUUGAAAUAAAUCAUUAGCGAUUUUGAAACUGUUCCUCUGUAACGGAAAUUGAUGAAAUUGUUUAUUUGUAUAAUUGUAUAAUUCGAUGUCAAGCUAUCGCAAACAUUCUAUUGACUGAGAGUUUGAAUUAUUUAUCAAUGAUUGUGCAGGAUGUCAGUCUAAUAGACCAGUUCGUAGUUACUUUAUGGACAAUUUUGUUCAAAUGACCGUUCAUUUCUUUCAUUAAGAUAGGCAGAUUUCAAAGCAAGAUAUUACGUAAGCUUGCCUUACAUAGCAGGAUGAAGAAAUUGACUAGAAUAGCACAUCAAUGAACACUCUAUGAAGGAUUUGUUGCAUUUCUACUUUGAAUGCAUAUUAGAGGAUGUUGUACAAUGUACUUGGCAAACUGUGAAAUAUACCAGUCAUUCGUGGACGCAUUGUUUUUUUGUGGAUGUGAAUGAAAAACACAAUUCAAAAGAAUAUAUGAAUAUUCAAGACAUCAAAGUUGGUGCUUAUCUCAUUAGAUUUUAAAUCACCAUGUCACUUAUAGUACAAAUGACCUUCCCCUGAUCAUGCGCAGAAUAUUCUGAUCAUGCGCAGAGUGGAACUACGAACUGGCUUAUUAUAAGUGGUACGUAGACAACUAUUUCAUGUAUUAGAAAUUUUAUAUUGCUCAAUAGAUGGUUAAUGUCAUAUUAAUUCAAAUUGGUGAACUUUCUUAUACCUGUAUAAGCCUUCGGGAUUUCUUAAAUUAAAAUCAACAAAAUGUAGCUGAAAGUCAUUUUUCUCUCAUUUAGAAUAGCAAUAAAAAAUGAAUGCAGAGCUGAAUGAAGUGUGUCGUUUACACUAGCCCCAGUGACUUUUCCAUUUAUCGAUGGCUUCUAAUAUUUUACUGUUUUUUUUUUCAUUUGAACAAAAAGGUUUUGUAAAUUUUGAUUUACAUUGAUUUUGUAUUUUCUAUGUAUAAUUUUGCAUUAUGUUGGGGGGUUUUAUCAUAAUUAUGAUUCAAUCGUCUCAUGUGUAGAAAUAGUGAUUAAAACAAGCAGAAAUCUA